CUCCAUGUGGCUUAUCAACAAGGAAGUGAAGCCGAGAGAGUGUGGCACUCUUCCAGGGAGAAAGAAAGGAUGUUCCCAGAAUCCUCCUGGUUUAACGUGUGGCCUUCAAGAACCAGAAAACUAGAGACCAAUCUCCGUGAUACCCAGAGUCCCAUCUGUCAUCAGUCUGUGUCCUUAGUCGGUGUGAUGACCAAGGUACGGGGCAUGGCUACAGUUCCGGGCCCCCGGCCUCCACAGAAGCAAGUUGGGUCUAUGAUUGUAAACGUUGAGGAAGAGGAGGAGCCACAAAGGUGCCUUCCAGACCUGGAGACCUUCCGCCAACGCUUCCGGCAGUUUGGGUACCAUGACACGCCUGGGCCCCGGGAGGCCCUGAGCCAACUCUGGGUGCUCUGCUGUGAGUGGCUGAGGCCCGAGCUGCGCACAAAGGAGCAGAUCCUGGAGCUGCUGGUGCUGGAGCAGUUCCUGAGCAUCCUGCCCCCGGAGCUCCAGACCUGGGUGCGGGGGCAUUGCCCCGAGAGUGCCGAGGAGGCUGUGGCUCUCCUGGAAGAUCUGGAGCAGGAACUGGAUGAGCCAAGACAAGAGGUGGGAUGGUAG